GUUUUACAUCUGUGGGGACUACUACAAGCUAAGGUCCAAGCUAUAGUACCACAGAUAAAUUUUAAGUUUUAUCUUAUCUAUGAUAACUUAAGAUAUCAUAGAUAACAUGACGUGGAGGAUAUUUAAUAAUGUUCUUAUACAAAGUUAUGUCGAAAUCAAAACCUAUUUCUGACGACAAAAUUAAUACAUAAACAGAAAAAUUAGUUUAAGUACGACUUUAAACUACGUAACAGCUAUUUGAAUUUACAUCUCAUUAUCAAAAUAUUAGUAAUUGUUCAUUUUAUUUAUGGACAGUUAUAUUUAUCAAUCCGAAGUGUAGAUUAUAUUUUGUCUAGUUUUAACUAUAAGAUUGUAAAAGAAUUAAAUUUUAAUAAAUUAAAAUGGAACAUUUAGAAUUAUUGUCGCGUAAAUUAGAAAAUAUUAAAGUGGAUCGCGAGGCUAAUGGCCUAGCAGCAAAUAUACCUUGUCCAAAGUCUGUUAUGAGAUAUUUGAAACCUAAAGAAAAUUUGAAAUUGAAUGAAAAAUGUUGUUUGAAAGAAUUUAAAACUAAAAUUGCUGGUAUUCUUAAUGGUCAUUCAUCAGGCUCACCAACAAGGACGGAUGAAGCUUUUAAUUCAACUAUAGUCAUUAAUUCUGAUGAAGAACCAAAUUUUGAUUUCAGAAGUACUGCAGAAGUUUUAGAAUCUCUAGUAUUUACCCCAAAAAAUAAACUUAAAUCGGAAAUUUCUGAAAAUACUGGAAUUAUUAUUAAUGAUUCUAACAACAAAAAGAUAUUUAAGAAGCGACAAAAAAUAAGGCAGAAGACCUCUGAAAACAAUAAUAGUUUUAGUAGUACAAAACAUGAUAAAUCAGCCUUAGAAAAUUUUAAUAAAGGUUUCUAUCCUGAUUAUCUUUCAUUAGAAGAAGUUCAAAUAGGAAUUAAAAAUGGUGAACUAUUUGAAGGAAUUAUACGAAUUAGUCAGAAAUGCUAUUCUGAAGCUUAUGUCCCAUCACCUGACAAGUCAAAGGAUAUUCUAAUAAAUAGCAUAAAACUAAGGAAUCGAGCAUUUGAUGGUGACAAAGUAGUUGUAAGAAUACUACCUAAGUCUCAGUGGCGAAAUCAAGAUACUGAUGAUUGUCAGAAAACUGGAGAAGUGGUAUAUAUUUCAGAAAAAACUGAAAAUCGUGUAAUAGUUGGUUAUCUACAAAUAGAACGAGGAACUAGUACCCGUUUUUGUAUGUUAAUACCUAGAGAUCAACGUUACCCUAUGGUAUUAGUUAAAACUUCUAAUUGGCCUAAACAAAUAACUUUUCAAAAUAACUCUAAAGAUUCAAAAGAUCUAUAUUAUGCUGUAGUACAACAUUGGGAUAACUUUAGAUUCCCUAAAGGAAUUCUUAAAGGAGUUUUGGGUGAAGUGGGUGAAAUAAAAGCUGAAACUUUAGGAAUACUUAUUUCUCAUAAUAUACCAGAAAAUCCAUAUCCUGAAGAUAUCAAACAGUAUUUUCCAUCACCAUUUUCUAUAGAUAAUGAAUUAAAUCAUAGAAAAGAUUUUCGAAAACAAUGUAUAUUUUCAAUUGAUCCUCCUACUGCCAAAGAUUUGGAUGAUGCUCUUUCAUGUACAAUUCUUCCUAAUGGAAAUUAUGAAAUAGGUGUUCAUAUAUCAGAUGUAUCUCAUUAUGUAAAACAUGGAUCACCUUUAGAUAAAAUUGCGGAGGAACUUGCAACUAGUGUGUACUUAGUUCAGAGAGUUUAUCACAUGUUACCUCCAGAGCUUACUAUGAUGGCUUCACUGUUGCCAGGAACUGAUAAACUAACUGUUUCAGUAUGCAUAGAAAUGACACCUAAUGCUGAAAUGGUCAAUCAGACAUUUUGUCGAUCAAUAAUACAUUCUUGUGCUCAGUUGCACUAUGCUCAUGCACAAAUUUUCUUGGAGAAUCCUGAAAAAAAGGAUUGGAAAGAAUCAGAUUUCCCUACUAUUUUUAAUGGAUACACUGUAAAAGACUGUGCUAUGGCUGUUUGCCAUUUGCACAAAUUAGCAUCAAUAAUGAGAAAGAGACGAUUUAACAAUGGUGCUUUAAGUAUUAAUCAACCUAAAUUAUCAUUUGAAAUUGAUCGUGAAACAUGUGCUCCUUUAUCAUAUUCUCUGUAUAUUCUUCAUGAGAGUAAUUGGUUAAUUGAAGAAUUCAUGCUUCUAGCAAAUACUUUAGUAGCAGAACAUUUAAAUAAACACUUUCCUACAACAGCUUUGUUAAGAAGCCACCAACCCCCCGAUACUGCACUAAUUGAAAAAAUAUCAAAAAUGUUAAAAACUUAUAAUAUUGAAAUAGAUACUACUUCAGCUGGAACUAUUCAUAAGUCAAUGGCUUCAUAUUAUAAAGAUGAAAAAUGUUUUAAUAAAGAUAUAGUUAUUAGUAAUCUGAUGUCAAGACCAAUGGUUCGGGCUGAAUAUUGUGUAACAAAACCUGAUACUAAUAUGACUCAUUAUGCUCUUAAUGUUCCAUAUUAUACUCAUUUUACAUCUCCUAUACGUAGAUAUCCAGAUAUAGUUGUACAUCGUUUACUCAUUUCAUGGUUAACAAGUACUUCAAUAAAAGAGUAUGAAGAGUCUGAUGUCAUUAAAUCGAUUGCUGAUAAUAGUAAUAUCAAGAAAAAUAAUGCUAAAAAAGCAUCCGAAGCUAGUGUUGAAAUUUACACUGUGUGCUUUGUCAGUAAACUUAAAUAUAUUGAUGAAUAUGCAUUAGUAAUGGAUGUUAAAGAAAAUUAUUUUGAGGCAAUUGUUUGUUCUAUGAAUAUGAAUGUUAGAACGUAUGUUAAUAUUAAUGAAAAAAAUCAAGAUUUACAUCAUAAAGCUUGUCAUUAUUCUGUUGUCGAAGAAAAGCCAAUUUUGACAAUUGUUUGGGAUGAUAAAGGCGAUGUCAAACAGCAAGUACAAUUAUUUAGUAGAGUUAAAUUACGGCUAGUUAAAAAAAAAAAUUGUAUGAAAUUAAAAGGUAUCUUAAUACUGGAUAAAACAACUCCAAAUUAAAAAAUUUUGACUGUGAUAUAAUUUUAACCAUUUUUUUUUUUUAUACUUAUGAUAUAUUUUUUUAAU